GAAACUGGAUGCUAAAGAGGAUUUGAAAGAACUGGCCGCAAAACCUUCAACAUCCUUUCUGAUCAAAAAAAGAAUAACUCCAACAUUUUUUUGCAUGGACUCCACUGUAGACAUCUUCGAAUCCUCUUUAAAUUUGGAAGAAACCCACUUCAAAGAAGGGUUUGAUGAGGGCUAUGGAGACGGGCUGAUCUCAGGAAAACAGGAGGGCGAACAAGUGGGCCUGAAAACCGGGUUCGAAGUGGGCGAGGAAUUGGGCUUCUACAGGGGCUGCGUCGAUGUUUGGAACUCCGCAAUUCGGGUCGACCCGAAUUUUGUCUCCGCCAGAAUCCAGAAAUCAAUCAAGCAGAUGGAUGACAUGCUUCAGAAGUACCCGAUGUCUGAGCCGGAGAACGAGUCUGUUUCCGAUAUAAUGGAUUCAUUGAGGCUUAAGUUUAGGGCUAUUUGUGCUAGUUUGAAUGUCAAAUUGGAGUAUAGUGGCUACCCAAGGGCAUCUGAUGGUGGAAAGAUCGAAUUUUGAUAUGUUUAAUUGGCGAGUCCGGGCACAAGGGUGGCGUCUGGUAUGAGUCUGACUGGUUGGGAUUGUUCUUGGGUGUAAACUGUUUGAUUAUUGUUCUAAGAGAGAAUGUUAUGUGUUAUUAUAUGGUAGUUUAUUUUUCGGGCUGGUGCCUGACUCAACUUUUUUGCUCACCGAUUAAGAAAAAAUA